GCGGUAACAGCAACUUCUACAAGCGAAAAUUGAACGACUUCUUGCAUCCACACAACAUUUCUGGUUUAUUUCUUGUCAUGAGAUGCAGAAGGUGAAGAGUUUUUCUUUGUCUUCACGCUUCCUCGCAUGCAUCAUACCUCUUGCAACUAGUGGGAGCUCAACCAAACGACAAAUCAGGAAGCAAUCCAUGGGGUCAACCAAUGAAAUGAACAUUACGAAGAAUUCAACAAAAGAUGUCAGAAUCAGGGUCGAUGAUUUCAGUCGGGUACAGAGGGCAGAUAAAGAGCUGUGGCUAUGGCGUCAACAACUCCAAUGCACGCAUCUUCGUCGGAUGUUCUGCACGUUCACUCGAGAGAGCCUUCGGAGAGAGAGACGUCGGAAAAAGUCGACGAAGCGAUGGGCGGCAGCUCCCAUCUCAGGUACCGCUAAACUGAUCAUGGCGCAGCCCUGGCCGAAGAAGCGAAAGGUCAGAAGAGCAGUCGUCAUGAGGCCUGUGGCUGUCACGUCCAUUGAAGGAUGGAAUUGUUGUCUUGAAAGCAGGCUCGCUGAAUCAUGUGCCAUGCAUCAAAGUCCAACCGUCCUGUCCUUUUAUGAGUCGACCCGUCGUCGUCGUGGUGACAGACGCAGGCUCAAGGCGGAAGGUGCAUAA